AUGGAGGAUGAAGAUGGGACUUGCCUACUUGACGUUUUAUGUGACCCCCAAGCCCUGAAUGACUUCCUUCAUGGGACCAAUGAGCUGCAGACAGACGACCUGCUCAUUACCUCCUCCUCGGGGGAGCCCUCUCUCUUCCCAGAUGCCCCGAGCCCCGUCUCUCUGCUGGAAGAUGACAGAGACUCCCCGGACACUCCCCCGCCGGGGUGUGUGGACCUCUCCUUCCUCGAGGAGGCCCUUCUGUCGUCACCGGAGGGAGGCGAGGACUCAGAGGUGGCUUCGGGGGCUCCUGUGGAAACAGGAUGCAAGGGUAAGGACGUGGGAGAGGGGGAAAAGGAGGCAGAAGAGGAGGUGGCGUGUGAUAUCCUUCAGCAGAGCCUCCAGGAAGCGGACAUCACUGAGCAGACCAUGGCGCUAGAAGCAGGUCUUGCGCAACCUAGCGACGCCCUUUCUCUUUAUCCUCCAGCUCCUCUUGUCUCCCCGCCUGCUGUCCCAUUCCUUCCCAAACCAGUGACUUUACCCGUCACGCCAGCACUGCCCAGGGACACACAGACCGCGGUGGAGCCUCCCCAGCCCUCUCUCCUGGCUGUAGGUCCUGGGUGCCCUUCCCUCAAACCUGCCGCCCCUCCACAGCUGAUGGGACUCCUACCCGGGAACGUGUUCCCUGCUCCUUCCCCAGAGACCUCCUUCUCUCUGAGCCCAGCCCAAGGCUCCAGUAUGAUCAUUCACAAGGCCAUGCCUAGCCUGACCGGUCGCCCUCUCAUCGCCCCCACCCUGAGGGCAACAGCAGCAGCGCCAGGCAUCGUCCUGCAGCGAGCCCCUCUUCCCAUCCAACCCAAACUGCCCAUCAGCAUUCAGCCCAGACUGGUGCAAAUAAGUCCCAAGCUGUCUGGGCAGAAACCCUCUCCGGGUCUUGCGUUUGUCCCUGGGAACCCCUCGCCAAAUAUUUUACUCUCCCCGCCUCCAGGCCCAAAGCCUCUACAGCAGCAGCAGCAGCCACAGACUACGCAGCAGCUCCCCAAGCCUGUCAGCCUGCAGUUGGUUAACCAGGGCGGCUCUUUCGUGUUACAGCCUCAGGGACUCUUCCAAGGUCAAAACCAGUUCCUUCUUCCAGGCCAGUGCCCUGUGACUAUCUCCCAGCCUGUCAACGCAGCCCAACCGCUGCUCACCCCUGGCCGCCAGGGGCCCUUGGUCCACGGGGUGACCCCCUCCACCCGGCAGCUCGUCGAUGGCUCUCAGAUCCUAACUGUUCCACACCGACAGCUCAACUUCAGCCCCGUCUUUACCACCCCCACUGGGCAGCUAGCGCUCCGCCAGGCCACUGUGCUUUCAGGACCUCUGCAGCUACAAUCGGCGCCCCCUACUGUCUUCCAGAUGCCUGCGCAGCUGGCGGGGACCUAUACUCCGGGAGGGCAGGGGCAAAGCGCCACCCUGGUCCAUGGUCCUGCCUUAGGGAACCACAUCACUUUGAUCAACAGUUCUGGUGUGCUGCCCUCUGACCUGACCUCCAUCUCCAUUGUUAAUGCCCCCCCUAUGGUACAGGGACUGCCUUUUGCUGCCCAGGCCCCAGGACCUCAGGCUGGAGUGACAGAGGGUCAGUUAAACCUCCAGCAGGCCUCUGUGGUGCUACUGCCUGAGAGAGCGGCCCCCGAAGAGAGGAGCAGCUCUGAAGAGACUUUUCACCAACUUCCACAGUCCUAUGGGCAUGUUCUUCAGCAUGUCUCCAUGCAGCCCACUGCGGCAGGGCUGCGCUCCCCUUCUCCCCCUGUGCUGACGGUCCCACAGCCCCCCUCAGAACCCCCCUUGGUUCCCGACCCAGCUGCGGAACUACCCAAACUCCUGGUGCCCCAGGCAGACCUGACCCAAGCAAUGGAGGAGGGGACUCACCCCGUGGCUCAGAACCAAGACUUUAUGCAUCUGCAACAGCAAGCACUUAGUUCUCCUCUUAAACCAUCUGAGCUCCUGGCGGGAGCUCUGCCAGUAGUGCCCGUGGAAACCCUCGCCUCACCCGUCGGAGAGAUGAACGAGGGAGCGACUCGGCCGCAGACGCACGCCGUCGUUGGCCAGGCCGACGCGCUGGCUGCGAUGGCGGACCAAUGCGUAGAGGCAUCCCCGCCCCCUUCGGAGCCUGAGGAUGCUCCCCUUCUGUGCUCCUCCCGUCAGAUUCAGGACAGGGGAAGCACGGCUUCGGCUGGUUUCUCCACACCUGGACCAGAGAGUGUGGUGGAGGCCUUGACCCCCCAGCCUCUGCUCCAUCAUCAUCAGCAAGCCCAGGUCCAACCGUCCGUCUUUAGUGGCUCCUACCCGCCUCCCGUCAGCAUCCCGGUGCCUCGGCAGCAGCCUGAGCCUCUCACCGUGUCUGCCAGCCUCUUUGACGGAGGAGAAGAGGAAGCUGUCCAACAGCACACGCAAAGCAAGCCAACAGCUGCCUUGGCUGUAGAGGGCAAGGUGUUUAGUCCCGAUGUCCAACAGCCCUCUGCCACAGCCCUGGGUGUCCAGGACCAGAGGCCCUCGGCUCACAGGGAGCCAUCUCAGGGGCCUCCCAUCCGAAUAAACCAGCAGACUGGCAACCGGCCGGUGACCCGUGUGGAGCAGGAGAGGGAGGAGAGACUCACGCCAGCAAUGCGGAGACACAGGUUUCAGCAGCAGCUGUGUCUGGACCAGGCAGCUGUUCAGAACCCCUCUAGUCACACCCCCUUCACCAACAUGGAGGACGCCGUGAGACACCUGCUGCCCUACCAUACCUGUGCCGGCCAUCUGCCCACUCAGGAUGACUUAAGUUUAGUGGACCUGGAGUUUGACAGCGUGUCGGGUUUCCUGCUGAAACGCACCAAGGACAUGGUCAACAAAUACAGGCAGCUAUUGAUCGCUGAAGCUCAGCAGGAGAGUCCGUCAGCAGAGAUGGUGAUGCUGGAGCGUCUCUUCCUCCAGGCUGAACGUUUUGCUCUGGGGGAGGACAGACGGAAAGCCCGCAAAGCCCCAGAGUCAUUCAUGAUGGCCUCGGCUACUUCAGCGCCUUCCCCACAUGGUGCAUACUCCUCUGGCCCCUCCCAGCUGUACUCUUCAGGCAGCCCGUCUUCCCCCCCAUCCUGGACCAGGCUCUCCGACCGGCCCCCUGGUCUCAAGACGUAUCGGUCCAGUUCCCGGGGAGCACUCAGGCUCACCAUUAAGCAGGAAUCUGGCUCCCGCAAAGUCGUUCACAACUCGGCCUGUGACCGUGGUCACAAGAGGGACCACGGCGGGCUACUGACUAAUGGCGGCAAUUCUGUAUGUGAGGGAAACUCUCGGGCGCCCAACGGAGCGCCCCAACAUCCUGAGCAUGGUACAGAGAUCUCCAACGGGGUUUUGCCUUCUAAGGCGGCCGAGGAGGAAGUCCCGCCACGUGACAGGACCGCCCAAUCACAGACAGUGCUGAUAUCCAAGACAAAACCCCCGAAUCCCCCUUCUAUGCCAGAGCCACAGUCUGCCUGCUUUGAGUUGCCUCCCAGAGAUGCCAGCGGCCCGAAGCUUAAACGCUAUAAGCCGGAUCCAAGGUCCAGUCCGCAGGCAACACCCCACCAGGAAGACAACAUGCUCAGUGAGCAUCUACAGAGUGCCAUCGACAGCAUCCUGGAGCUGCAGCGCAUGCAGGGCCCCACCACAGCCCAGCCCCGGGCCCCGGGGGCUCACUCCUUGGACCAGGCUGUCACCAGUGUCUUUGGUGGGGCUUCUGUCAGGUAA